AUGCUGGGGGACUUUUCCUGCAAGAUUGCCCUGCUGCUGCUGGGCUAUGCGUACCCAGCCUACAAGACCUUCAAGGUCGUGCAGCUUCCAGCCACGCGCAGCAAUGACACGCUCUUGCGGCACUGGUGCCAGUUCUGGGCGCUGAUGGCUGUGUUCACCGCAGUGCAGCCGCUGGCAGACGCCUUCUGCUUCUGGCUGCCGCUGUAUUACGAGGCCAAGCUGGUGCUGGCUGUCUACCUGUGGGCCAACGAGCUGUCGGGCUCGCAGCACGUGUGGGUGCGCUGGGCGCAGCCGCUGGUGUCCCGUUACGAGCCGCUGGUGGACCGCUGGCUGGCGGAGAGCAAGGCGCUCGCGCGGGAGUGGCUGCACAGCAACGCCCUGCGCCUGCUGGCCCUGGCGCAGCAGAAGUUCUUCGCCUGGCUCGCGCAGGUGCAGCAGCAGGCGGGCGGCGGCGCGGCGGCCGCCGCGGCGCCGCGCCACGGCCGCUCCGCCAGGCGCGCCGGCAGCAAGGCCCGCGGCCGCCGCGCCGACGACGUGAGGGCGGGCCUCAAGGCAUUCCCCAUCAUCGCCGACAACAAGGACGAGUAA